CCGUCAAUCUUAGUACCGCCCCCUGUAAUGGCAGCAGGGUUGUAUCUACUGUAAAUAAUCGAUGAGGAAGAUCAGCUUUCUGUAUUAAGUUGAUGGUUGUGGCAGAAAUGUGAUUAAACGCUGAACGCUGAAGUUGAAAAGUUUAGCAGGCAUAAUGUUGACUUUAUGAAUCAUCCACACUAACGUAGCCUACCAUGAGUACAGUGGGAGAAAAUCAGCUGCAGAGAAUCAUCAGAGAUCUGCAUGAUGCAGUUUCUGAGUUGAGCAAAGAACAUUGUGAUACUGGCGAACCCAUCACAGAUGACAGCUCCAGCCUUCACAAGUUCUGCUAUAAGCUGGAGUACCUUCUGCAGUUUGAUCAGAAAGAGAGGACCACAUUUCUGGGCAGCAGGAAAGACUACUGGGACUACUUCUGUGACUGCUUGGCCAAGAUUAAAGGAGCUAAUGACGGCAUUCGCUUUGUCAAAUCAAUCCCCGAGCUGAAGACAUCAUUAGGAAAAGGACGGGCUUUCAUUCGCUACUGUCUGGUGCACCAAAGGCUGGCAGACACGCUUCAGCAAUGUCUUAUGAACUACAAAACCACAUGUGAGUGGUAUUAUGAACGCAGUCCCUUCCUAAAGUCCCAUCUGAACACUGAUAUCAUCAACCACCUGUAUGAACUCAAUGAGGUCCAGUUUGAUGUAGCAUCCCGAGGUCACGACCUUGACUCUGACUGGCCCACUUUUGCAAGAAAGACUCUGGGAUCAGCUAUCUCACCCGCCCAUGCGUGGAAACCACCCAGUCGCUGCUCUAGUGUCAACAGUCUGGUUAGCACUUACUCACAGCAAGCUCAAGAGUUUCUUCCAGGCCAAGAUUUUGGCUCUAGUCUUCUGGGUGAUCUUGGGGAAUUAGGUGAGUUGUCCUGUAGUGCUUCUGAGGACCUGCGCAUUGAGCUCGACCAAUCAGAGUUGAAACAACGAGAGCUCCAAGAGAAGAUCAGGCAACUCACCAGUGAAGCAGCUGAUCUGAAGGCCGUGGUCAAAGACCUGCAGGAGCAACUCUUGGCUCAAGGUCCUAACCAAGAGAAAAAAGAAGAUCAGGAGGUGGUGAAAACUGUUAAAGAGUGUGCAGAUCGUCUCCAUACCACCACACAGGGACUGGAGGCUCUACGGACAUCAGAACGCAACCUAGAAGCCAAACUGAGCAUUGCGGAGAACAGAAACAUGGAGUUGCUAGCAAAACUUGACGGAGCUCUGAGCGAAAAAGGACAGCAGGCCGCCAACUACUGUGACUCGGCCUGGAAGAUCCAAGAGCUCCUGACCAAGCUAAAGGAGGCAGAAGAAGAGAGGAUUGAGUUUAAACGAGAAAGCGAAGAUCGGGCGAGACUAGCUGAGCAACUUGCCCAGGAGCUGAAGCUUCAGGAAGCGAAACUAAAGGAGAUGGAAAACAAACUGAACACUUGUAGAUUGUCUGCCGACAAAGAACGAACUACCGCAAUGCAGCAGGCUGAUGAGCUGCAGAUGACCAUCAACCACCUUCAAGGAGCUCUUUCUCUGAAGGAGCGGGAAACAGGGAACCUACGGACUCAGCUGCAGGACAUGCAGAGAGCACUGGAGACCAAGGACGGUCAACUAAAGGAGCACCACAAAAGGAUAGAAGAGGACUUACAACUUAAAAGUGUGCUUGAAGAACAACUAAAUGCAAAGGUGACUGAGUUGUCCACCACUGCCCAAAAGAUCCAGCAACUGGAGAAUCUCAACCAGCGGUUGACUUCAGAAAGUCAGAGCUUCCAAAUGCAAGCCAAGAAACUGGAAGAGUACAAGAACCAAUGCACAAGUUUAAUGGAGAUCAAUGCCAAGCUGAUCCAAACGGUGAAGAGAAAUGAGGAGAGCAGCAAGGAGCUGGCGCAAGCCAAGAACUCUCUUGAGAGAGAACUGGUUACCAUACAAGCCUCUGAGAAGCAAUUGAGAACCAAAUUAGUGUCAGCUGGAUUGACAGUGGAGAGCCAAAAUCUUGAGGAGUGCAUACAGAAUGGCCAGAUGAACAGCGAGGAAACCAAAAUCGAACAACUUGGAGAGAAUAGUAUAUUAAGCCUGGAAGAACUAAAUGAGAGAGCUACAGUCCCCCAGGAGAACAAAAUUGCUACUUCUAGUCUCCUUCGGGAGGCUAAUGAAUCCUCAAGAACUGACCAUGGAGAAUCCACUUCUAGGUUGGCUUUGGCUGAGGCCCAGCUUGAGCUCAACAUGAAGGAGGUUUCCAGACUCCAGGAAGAGGUCAUGGAGCUCCGGGCACAGCUAUUGUUGAGCUCAGAGGAGAAAAUAAAGAUCCAGGCUCUGCAGGAAGUGACGGAAGCCUCCAGAGAAGAUCUCCGGGCUCAGGUGGAGCAACUAAAGUCCCAGGUGGAAGAGCUAAACCGUAGGCAUGUAGAGGAAAUGCUGCAUUGCAGAGAAAGAGAGGACACUCUGGUAAAGGAAAGGGAUAUGGAGGCCCAUGUGCGGGCGGAAAUCCAAACAAACCUGACUGCCGUGAGGGAAGAGCUUCACACAUUGAAGACUCAGAAUAGCAUGCUUGCGCUUGAGAAUGGAGAGGCUCGCGAUGCAUUAUACAGGGCCAACACUGAGACAGCAGAGCUUGGGGUUCAUGUUUGCAUGCUGAAGGGACAGAACGAGGAGUCUCAGUUGCGAUGGGAAGAGCUUUCUACCAAACUUCAAGAGCUACAGAUGGAGGCGAAGGAAGAAGUGGAAAAUCUAAGUGAUUCAAUUGAGGCCUUGAGAAAAGAUAAUGCAAGACUCCAAGAGCAGAUAAAGCAGACUGAAGGACUCCCGGAAGCCAUGCAGAAGUUGCAGGAGAGACUUGAACAGAUGGAAGAAGAAGCCAAAAGCAUCCAAGAGAUACGACAAAGGGAAGUGGACACACUAAGGUCCCAGUUGAACGAUGAAGCUGCGCACCAUCAAAAUCAAGUGCAGGGUCUGAAUGAAGAACUAGAUGUACUGAAGAAGAGGCUGGAGAAUGAAGUAGAGAAAGUCUCAAGUCUUGAGUCCAAAGUUUUGGAGCUUGAGUCUGCAAACAGUGAUUACAGUCAGAUGAUCGGAAAAAAAAAUGCCCUCUUCAGUGAAUCCGAAAAUAUAAUUAAUCAGAAAGAGGAACAGAUGAAAAGCCUCAGAGUGAACUUAACAAGAGCUGAGGAGGAACUGGCUCUUACUCAGCAGUCCUGUAAUGAACUAGGUGUAAACUUAAGCAGAAGCGUGAUGGAGAAGCAAGCCAUUGAACUGAAGAUGUCUGCUGAGAUAGAUGACCUUUAUCGUACCAAAAAGAAUCUUGAAGAGAGGCUCAUUCAGCUCAUAAGGGAUAAAGAUGCUUUAUGGAAGAAGUCUGAUGCACUGGAGUUUGAACAGAAACAGAGGGCUGAGGAACAGACAGACAGAGACGUCACACACUGUCUGAGCUGCCGCAACAACUUCACCUGGAUGCUGCGCAAACAUAGCUGCAGGUUCUGUGGGCGCCCAUUCUGUUACUACUGCCUUGUUAAUGAUGCAGGUGUCCACCAGGGCGGCAGCAACAUGCGCUGUUGUAAGGACUGCUUUAAUCAGCGCGGUUCUGGACACAGGGACAUGGGCAGUCCUUUACGUUCAGCCCACAGCCCAAUAUCAAGCCCCACGCGAACCAGCACACCAGGGGCAUUGAAAUCCCCUCGACCUGAUGACACCGCUUAUGCCAUCAUCACAGAAGAGGAAGUAAACUGUGUCCAUGACAGCGAUUCUUUAUACUACACCGCUUUGCAGCCCUCAGAGACACAACAGCUAAGCAGAAGUGACAUCACCAGCACUGAAGAUUCAGACGAGCUGAUUGGCUCCGUUCAGGAUGCUGAGAUCUGUCUGUUAAAAUCUGGAGAGAUGACGCUGUCUGUGCCAUUCAGUGUGGAGGAUGUGGUUCAGUUUGGCGAUAAGUCUAGAGAACUCUUCGUCAGGUCCAGCUGUUACAGUGUGAUUCUCAUAACCGCUACGCAUCCAGGCCUUACGAUCAGCUGGGUCUUCUCCUCUGAACCCAAGAGCAUCGCCUUCAGCGUGGUGUACAGAGAGAACCUAGAUACACCUCCAGAACAGGCCAAGGUUCUGAUCCCUCUGACAAGAUGUAACUCUCAUAAAGAAACAAUUCAGGGUCAACUGAAGGUCAGGAACCCUGGAGAAUACACACUUAUCUUCGACAACUCCUUCUCAAGGUUCCUCUCAAAGAAGGUCCAGUACAGACUGAGUUUAGAGAAGCCAGAGGUUUGCAAUGGAAGUGAUUGUUCUUCAUAGGAAAUAGAAUCACGCACACUUGUGUCUCUACCAGGUCACGGGACGGAUUUGUCCAGGAAUAUGGCUGUUUAUCAAGCCCAACUUGUAAUGCUGCUUUCUAUGAUUUACAAGGUGAAACUCACAAAACAUGUCUAAAUCUCACAGUCAAAUGAAAGAAAUGAGAAAUUGUACUUUAUGAUGAAAUAAAAUACAUUUGAAGACAUUAUUUUCUCCAUGAAUAAAACAAAAAGGCAUUUUUGUCACUAAACUGUACUUGUUACUAUAUAUAUACAAUAACAUUGUUACAAGUAUCUAAAAAUCAAACGAAAUAUCCAGAUCCAUUACAUUAAUGAAAAUUUAAGGGAGAAAUGUCAGAAUUGUCAAGAAAAUUAAUGUCUAAAUAAAUAAAUAAAUACAUACAUCUUAAUGCUCCCAAGCUUAAUUUUCUUUAUGCUAAAUAAUAGUUUCUUAUUUUUGUUCAUUUGAUUUUGGGGUGAAAUAUGACCUGGACAUAUUGUGAGAUUCACUCGGUGUAUAAUUCAAAAGCCUCAUUCCUCUUAUGAAUGAUUUCUCUUUCUUCAUAACCUUUUAUGAAUGACUUUAAUACACUCUUGGCAAACUCUAAAAGCCAGAAUGGUACAAUAUCUCUGGCAUACUUAUCAAGGGAAUGGACGGUCAAAAAAAAAAAAAAAAAAAAAGUCAGUGAAGGAAAGCCCCCUGAAAUUUGCUGUGGUCAGUAGAUAGAUGAUGGUUUUUAUAACAUUAUGCACUACAGAAGAGCUUUAUUAGUAUCUUUUAUUGAAUUAGUCAUAUAGAUAUGAAGGAAAUGCUUAUACUUCAACAGGUUACUAGCAAUACAGGGAUCAGUCUGUUUCUUUAACAUUUUUAUCUAAAUAAUAUCCAUAUAAGUCUAACCAAUGCAGAAAAUCAGGAAUUUUAAACUGACAUAGAUAAUAAUUAUAAAUAAUCUAAAGAUAGGAAACUAAUCUAUUUUCUUAUGAGAUUGCUUAGUGUAUCUCUCAUAAUACGGGCAUCGUAGAACUUUUUCAAUGCUUCGUAUGUCAACUAUGACUUCUCUGCAGACAUAUAAUCUGUAUUCUGAAGGGACGAGUACACAGUAAUAAGAGGAAACUCUAUUUCCUGGCCGUCUUUGUUUAUUUUCAACACAAAAAUGCAUUUUUAUUCAGCUGACGCCAGGAAAAAAUUUAUGAGCAAUAACUCAGUGACUGUGUUUUUUGCAUAAAUAAGAUUGCCGGUGCAAUAACCGAUAACUUCAGCCUGAAGAAGGUGGAAAAUGUAAAUUGCACUUUUUGUAAUGGCUUAAUUUGAAUAAUAAGCAUUGAUUCUUCACUUUUGCACUUUCUGAAUGUGUUUCUGGCGCUGAUGACAGCACUUGAUUAAAGUACUGUAGCAGUCAUUUUUUAUCUGCAGUUACUGUAAAGGGUUGUGAUAUAACAGUAAUGUUAUAUUACAGCUAGUUUGAAAUGGAGCUGAAUUAAAACUACUUGGUGGCGUGACUCUA